UAGAUGAAAAAGUUUAGAACCUCUCUUCACACCGUACAUAACGUCUAACGAGUGCCAUGAAUUUCGUAAUCUGUGAAGACGAAUCGGACGAUGAUUUUUUCGGAUUUCUGAAACCACCAGGAUUGUGUAGCUAUUACCCUAGAAGCGCACCCGAUCUUCAGCAAUUAGAUGAACCAGUGCCAGUUCCCACUAGACAGUUUUCUACAUCGGGUUCGUGGACAGUAAACCAAAGUGCCAGCGGAUUGGGGGUGAGUACCCGUAGUUCGUCGGAAGAAAUGGAAACCAUCAAACCUAGCACAAAACGAAAUAUCAAAAAAUUUAGUCGAACGUGCACUUUAGGAUUACCGGCAGAAAGGAAUAAUUUUGAACCAGAACGUCAUCCACGCGGUGCUAGCAUACCUGACACCAGUGUUUACCCUACGUUCUCUACCGACGAGGAUCUAGCCUUACAGCGCCUUCGAAACUUCUCUGUUCGAUCCAAGCAAGUCAUUAAUAGAGGAGACUCUUUCCGUGUGAUGGAAGAGCUCUGCCCUAAAAACAAAGAACUUCCACAUCCUACAUGUUCAACACCACCAAACUCUCCCACACCUGAUAAAAUAGACUUUCGAGGGUCCAGUGGCACCAUCAGACACCAGGUCCUCGUGAUCGGCUGUUCUGAAGUCGGAAAAUCUUCUAUAUUAUGUCAGUUCACUACAUCUGAAUAUAUAUGUGAUUAUGACAGCAACCAAGAUGAAUGUGAUGAAAAACUGGUAACAGUUAUCUUAAACGGAGAAGAAUCCGAGCUUUUGUUUGUUGAGCAAACAAUUUCUGAAAGCAAGACAGACACCGAGCUUAACUUAAUGGAAUUUAACGCUGACGCCUAUGUGGUUGUAUACUCCGUAACCAACAGAGCCAGUUUCCAUAAAGCUAGAACCAUCCUAAAUCAGAUUAAAAGUUUAGAAGAUGUGGACAGGAAAGCCGUAAUUUUAGUUGGAAAUAAAACAGACUUAGCCCGGUUAAGGAUGGUUAGCACUGACGCUGGCAGAGCUUUGGCUACGUACCAGCAUUGCAAAUUUAUUGAAACAUCAGCGGGGAUCAAUCAUCAUGUUGACGAACUUCUGGUAGGAACCCUUAGUCAAAUUCGAUUAAAACGCUCUCAAGCGGACAGACCAGUUAAGAAGCGGAACUCUGUGAGUUUGGACAAGAUGUUCACAGCAGCUAGCUCCUCCAAGAGUAGAGGCAGAAUGAAGCAGUUAUUUGGAAAAGCCUACCGUAAGUCCAAGUCAUGUGUAAACCUACAGGUAAUUUAAUUCACGACCAACCAACCGGAAGUUACAUUAUAUAGCUCUCUAUAUUCAAGUUAUCGACCUUACCCAUUGAAUAUUACUUCUUAUUUCGUUAACAAAUGAUAUGGAGAUUAGUAAUGAAUGAAAGAUAAGAAAAUAAUGGUUUAAAUAAGAAAGAUUUAAAAGCAGUUGGGUAUUACUAUUUAAGUAAAUGUGAAAAGAUGCAAACUUAUUUAUAAGUGUGCGGAUUCGAGGUUUAAGACAAUUAAAUGUUCCGUCAAAAAAAAGGGGGAAAGAGAUAACGUUCUCGUAAAAAAGACCAAGUGGUCAAUUAUAAUUCAAAUUAUUUACACAUGGUUUUUUCUAAUUGUAGUAAAAUGAGUUUUUCUUUAAAAAAAUUGUCGGAGUGAAAAAAAUAUAUUUAAAAUGAAACGUCAAUCAAACUGAUUGUCUUUUUCUUUUUUGAGGGAUGGGGGGGCAACCUAGUGAAGUUUUCUACUUUUUGCGUUUAGUUUUUAAUAACACGUAUGUAUAUUAUGUUUAUGAAGUUCAUUGUACAAACGGAAGAUUAACUCUACCAUUGAAUAGAAUGGGAAAAUAUCUAUUAAAACAUGUCUGUACUUUAUAUGAUUUUUAUCUGAUAAUUUGUUUCAUUGUUGGGUAUGUCAUUGUUGCAAUUUGUUAGUGUACGUCAUUAUUUGAAAAACCUGAAAUAUGCACAUCUGAUAAUUUGUUAUAUUGCUACGUAAAUCAUUGUAGAAUUUGUUAGUUUAUGUCAUUGUUUGAAAAGUCUGAAAUAUGCAUAUCUGAUAGUUUAUUUGUUUUAUUUCUGGGUGUCAUUGUUGAAAUUUGUAGCUUACGUUAUUAUUUGAAAAGUCUGAAAUAUGCACUGCUUUAAAAUUCAAAACGGAUCUCGAAACAUCGAAGUCUUAUUUUGACAUUUACUAUACUG